CCACCCAAUUGUCCAGCAUGGUUGUUUCAGGGCUGCUGUCCGCCCCCAUACGAGGGGACGAUGCCGCCGUGGUGAAGAAGGCGAAAUUUGCCUUCCAGGCCUGCACCGACCGCACCUUCAGCGAGACGAUCGGCUUGCGGUCGCCCGAAGUGGAGGUGGUAAACAAGUACGGGGGUUUCCCCAUUCUGGGCGGGCGCUACGGGGGGGCCAAUCCCGAGCCCAGCUGGAACGAGAUCGCCGACAUCGCCGCCGAGUUCGGGAUCAGCAUCUUUUUCACGCCCAGCCUCUAUGCGGACGCGCUGAACGCGUCCAGGAACCUGCUCAGGAUUUCGUCGGACGGGAUGGGAAUCCCCGUGCAGUUCCGGCCAAUGGCGUCCGAGUCGUACGAGGACGCGAUUGAGGAGGGGUUCCAGGAUAUGGUGAAGCAGCCGGCAACGGCGCAGCGCGUGCAAAGCACGCAAUCGACCAUUCCGGCCAUGGAGGUUUUGCUGCGCAAACUCGUGCUGAAACUGAAGCGCGCCAUGGGAAGCGAGCGCAGCGACGAGUAUCUCUAUGGCCGCGUUGCCAACGUUUCCAAUUUCCUGAAAGGAAUCUACAGCGCAGGCUAUAUCCCGGAAGGCACCGAGAUUGGCCCGAUCGUCAACGACACGAGCGCCACCGUGGUGACCUUGCGGCAGCUCAACGAGUGGACGGCGCUGCACUUCGGCAACACUGUCCAGCUGGACUGGGUGGAGUACACGCGCCGCCUCCUCCAAUACACACAGGUGGAGGUCGAUGCCGAUUUCCUCAUCCUGCGCCCUCUCGAAAUGGAAACGAUGCUCUUCGGCAUCCUCAACUGGGUGCGCAUGAACGACUGGGAGAUCGUGAAGAGUGCCGCCCUCUUGCGGGCCUUCACCUACACAGCGGCUGACAGUGACGUGGAAACCCGCAAGGACUUUGAGGACUAUCUGGUGCAAACCGGAAAAACCGUCUACCCGCGAUGGCAGUACUGCGCGCGCAAAAUCAUGGAUACGACUGGCACGCUCUCAUUGGCCCUGGCGGUGACGUACGAGUACCAAGCGCGCGUCUUCAACACCACCAGCAUGCGCACGGCCGCCGCCCUGGUGGCCAACCUGCGCAGCACCUUCAAGGAGGUGAUCGAGGCGGCCAACUGGAUGGACGAGGAGUCGAAGGCGGCCGCCCAGACCAAAGCCGACAACAUCGCGGUGCUUCUGGGGUACCCGGACUUUGCCACUGACGCCGCUGCCUUGGAGGUUUUCUACGAGAAUCUGCCCAUCGCCAGCUGGGAUCAUUACGCCAACGCCAAGAAGCUGAGGGCCUUUCAGCUCGCUUAUGCGCUGAACAUGGUCAGCUACCGGAACCGCACCGCUUGGGACAAGUCGCCGCUGGAUGUCAACGCCUACUACAAUCGCCAGAACAACCGGAUCGUUUUCCCGGUUGCGAUGCUCAACCCGCUCUUUUUCCAGGGCAGCUCCAGCCUUCUAGACUACAGCCGCAUCGGGACGGUGAUCGGCCACGAAAUCACCCACGGGUUCGACGGCCAGGGCUUCCUCUACAACGCCCAGGGGGUGAUCGAGCGCUGGUGGACCGACCAGACGCUCGAGAACUUCUCGGACAACACCCAGUGCUUCAUUGAUCAGUACUCCCAGUACCCCAUCCCGGAAAUUAACGAUACUCUGAGCGGCAGCGGGAGCCUGAACGAGAACCUGGCCGACAAUGGGGGGCUGCGCACCGCGCUCCAGGCCUUUCAGAAGCUGAGAGCGCUGGAUGCCGACAGCUACAAGCUCCCGACUGGGCAGGAGCUGGGCGCUGCCCAGCUCUUUUUCAUCGGCUACGGCACUAUGUGGUGCAACUCCGAGUCGAUUUCCUACCUGAAGUCAGUGGUGGCCAGCUGCGAGAGCACGACGAGCUGCCACGCACGAGCCAGCAUGCGAGUGAACGGCGUCGUCUCCAAUAUGGAGGAGUUUGCUGCGGCGUUCCAGUGCCCCGUGGGCGCGCCCAUGAAUCCCGCAACCAAAUGCCGACUUUGGUAGCAUGUCGGUUAAAUAUAAUUCUUUUGUGUUGUGACAGUGUCAUUAAAAUCGUUCUUUAAACCCCG